CUCGAAAUACCUAUAUAAGCAACACUUCCCUUUUCCCUUUUCCUGAGUAUCUCUUCUUGCUACAAUUAAAAUUAUCUUUCCUAGAAAUUGCCGUUAUUGUAAUCUUCGGUGAAUACUGAUUAAGAAUGAGUGGUCGCAUUAUAGACAAUCCUGAAGAAAUGGAAACGGACAUAUCAAGAGUGGCUUCCUCACGGAGGCAUGGAUUGUCAUAUGUUCACAAAGUGGGAGUUCCUCCGAAACCAAACUUACUGAAGGAGAUCACUGAAACUGUGAAAGAAACUUUCUUCCAUGAUGAUCCAUUGCGCAAUUUUAAGAACCAAUCUAAGACAAAGAAAUUACUCCUUGGCAUUCAAGCUGUGUUCCCCAUUCUUGAUUGGGGAACGUCUUAUAAUUUCUCCAAGUUUAAAGGUGACCUUAUUGCUGGCCUUACUAUAGCCACUCUCUGUAUCCCUCAGGACAUUGGCUAUGCUAAACUUGCUAAUUUAGAUCCUCAAUAUGGGCUAUAUAGUAGCUUUGUGCCACCGUUGGUUUAUGCAUUCAUGGGAAGUUCAAGAGAUAUUGCGAUUGGGCCAGUGGCUGUGGUGUCUCUUUUGCUUGGAAGUAUGCUUCAGCAAGAACUUGAUCCUGUUAAGCAAAAACUGGAGUAUCAGCGCCUUGCUUUCACUGCUACAUUUUUUGCAGGCAUUAUACAGUUCGUGCUUGGAUUUUUCAGGUUGGGUUUCUUGAUUGACUUUCUAUCUCAUGCUGCCAUUGUUGGGUUCAUGGGUGGAGCAGCCAUUACUAUCAGUCUUCAACAACUUAAGGGUCUACUUGGCAUAAAGAAAUUCACUAAGAAAACUGAUAUUGUUUCUGUUAUGAGAUCAGUUUUUGUUGCAGCACAUCAUGGGUGGAACUGGCAGACUAUCGUGAUAGGACUAUCUUUCUUGGCUUUCCUUCUAGUCGCCAAGUUCAUCGGAAAGAGGAACAAGAAAUACUUUUGGGUGCCUGCAAUUGCACCAUUGAUAUCUGUUAUCCUAUCGACACUCUUUGUGUUUAUCUUCCAUGCUGAAAAACAUGAUGUCCAAAUUGUAAGACACAUCAAUCAAGGGAUCAAUCCUCCAUCAGUGAAGGAGAUCUAUUUCAGUGGUGAAUAUUUAACCAAAGGAUUCAGAAUUGGUGCAAUUGCUGGUUUGGUAGCACUAACGGAGGCUAUAGCAAUUGGAAGAACAUUUGCAGCAAUGAAGGAUUACAAUUUGGAUGGAAACAAAGAAAUGGUAGCUUUAGGAACAAUGAAUAUCGUUGGGUCAAUGACAUCCUGCUAUGUGGCCACUGGAUCCUUUUCUCGUUCAGCAGUCAACUAUAUGGCUGGAUGCCGAACGGCAGUCUCAAAUAUUGUCAUGUCUUUAGUUGUGUUGCUAACUUUAGAAUUGAUCACACCGUUGUUCAAAUACACGCCGAAUGCUAUACUGGCUUCCAUCAUCAUAUCUGCAGUUAUCGGGUUGAUAGAUAUCAAGGCAAUGACUCUUCUGUAUAAGAUUGAUAAGUUUGAUUUUAUUGCUUGCAUGGGAGCCUUUUUAGGGGUGGUCUUCCAGUCUGUUGAGAUAGGCCUCUUGCUCGCGGUUGCUAUAUCAUUUGCCAAAAUCCUCCUCCAAGUUACAAGGCCUCGAAUUGCUGUUCUUGGCAAGGUCCCUAGGACAAGUGUUUACAGAAAUAUACAGCAAUAUCCAGAAUCAACAAAGGUCCCUGGCAUUCUUAUUGUGAGAGUUGAUUCUGCUAUCUACUUUUCCAACUCCAAUUACAUGAGGGACAGGAUACUAAGAUGGCUAACCGAUGAAGAAGAAAUACUAAAAGAAACUAAUCAACAGAAGAUCCAAUAUUUGAUAGUUGAGAUGUCACCUGUUACUGAUAUAGAUACUAGUGGAAUUCACUCAUUAGAUGCUCUGUUUAAGUCACUCCAGAAAAGAAAUGUUGAGCUUGUGCUGGCAAAUCCGGGGACAAUGGUGAUUGAGAAGCUUCAUGCAUCUGGUUUUGCAGACAUGAUUGGAGAAGAAAAGAUUUUCCUCACAGUGGAAGAUGCUGUCAUGACCGUUGCUCCAAAAAUGGAGCCUUGAAUAUAUUCACAAAAUACACACUACAUUAACCUGUCUUUUGCUUUGAGUGAAAAGUAUACAACAAAAUAAAUUGGUAUCAAUUGUUUAACUGAAAAAAAUUCAUGCUCUCUAUAUCAUGGUUGAUGGGAAAUUUGUAAAUCUCCUUUUGGUUAGGCAUUGUAAAGCCUUUAUUUAUUUUGGUUUCCCCCCCCCCCCCCCUUCCUCACAUAUGUAUCGUUCUUUCUUUUUAACUCCAUGUAUCCUCUGGCGGUGCCUUCUUUCACAUUCGAGUGCUGCUUAUUGGCUAUCAGAAUUGUGUUACAAGCUUGAGAAAUACACCAAACGUUUUCAUGUGUUCUAAUAAUCUCUUAUGC